CGAAAUAUUGACAAUAUAUUUGUAACAAAGUUGUAAACAUUUUAAGAGUUUAAUUGACAUAGUUUGGAACAAAAUUAGGGCGUAUUCUUUUAUUAAGUUAUAUUUUGAUACAGUUUGUAAUGUGGAAUUGUGUUGAUUUCGUGGGGGAUAUACAUAAAUAAGUUAAAGCCGCGAAAUGUGAGGUUUAUUUAACUAAAUAAUGUAAUAGUAGUCGGAUAUCACGUAGCUUUAUAAACAUAUCAAUAUCCCUUAAGUUACACAGUGAUAAUUAUAGGUACAUUUGAAUACAUUAUCGAAUUGCUUUUAAAUCUGAAAUUCAAUUGUAUCUUUUCAAACAAAUCUCUUGCUUUUUUUCAACUAAGAUACUCGAAAAAUGGAUAUUUAUUCAAAAGGUAUACUUCUAAAUCCGCAUGCCUCACAAGAACUUCUUUUACAAAAACGUUUGAUAAUCAAUUUGUCAAAAAUGAUUUAAACAAAAGAAAAGGAUUAUUUUGCUGUUUAUUUUUGAAAGGAUCUGAAAUGACGUUAUUCAUUGCAAAAAGUGUUUAUUAUUCUCAAACUAUAAAAAUUGACAAAUACAAACAAUUUGCAAAAAAAUAUUUUCAUUGUGUUUUAUUUGCUUCGUAAAAAGGAAAAGAAAACAUUAAAUAAAAUGAGUGUGGAUUUUCAUUUACCACCAAUUGCGAUACCGCCGGUACAGCCCCCUGUGAUUUUAAGUGAUCCAUACAGAGGGAGCCAUGUACUUAGAUGGAACAAGUCACGUGGGCAGCCCGACAGUGGUCGUCUCCCACAACCUAUGACCCGGGAGUCUUCGUUUAAUUUGUCAUUAGAUGAUGACGACAUGACAUCAAGUUGUACACCGUAUAGAUUACCUAGACUGUCGCCGCGACCCGGGGAUCUGACGCCGAACUCCGAUACAGAUAAUUCGCAUGGGCAUGACGAGUCUAAAUCAAACGAUAAAGUAUGGAGCCGGUAUGGUUAUGAGAAAAUCAUAAGAAUACCGGAGUUAAGCCCACAGAUACGGAUGCUCGUCCCGCCACCAAAAUCCUUCAAAAGUACGAGCCCGUACUCGGCAACUGCCCCAAGAUUCAAGAACGCUGCAAUAACCCCCACUGUCCGAGCGGUACCCUGGAACAUGGGGAGAGAGAUUGACGAUUCCCAUCUACAACUCUAUCAAAGCAAUCAUUCACGUGUUCAUGAUGACGAUUACUCGUCACGUCAUACCAGGUUAGAGCCAACACCUACACCGAUUUCCAGGAGUGAAUCACCCGCUAAGUCGGUGAAAAGUAUUCACUGGAUUUUGGGCCAUAACCGCUACCAUACAUUCGAUAAAAAAGUAAGUAGAUAUGGUGGCCGGUUGCGGCGAAAAUUUUUAUUGUUUAUCAUAAAAUGUCGCGGGCAACAUACAAGAUUUUCUGCAGUUACGUGCAAAAUGUCGCGGGGAACGUAUAAACCUCGAUAUUUUAGAACAGUUGUUGGGAACAGCAAGGUACAUUUUGACUCCAGUGGCCGGUAGCGUCCAUGGUUUGACACUACAGAUUAUCCCUCGAUUGUCUAAAAAAGUCGAGGAACAGAAAGAAAUCCGCCACGUUUUUGCAAGUGUUGUAAAAAUUCUGCAAAAAGACGAGGGGGAAAAUGAAUGAUUCCUCAACAAGAGUGUCAUAAAAUAUCGCGGCGAUUUUUUGCGCAGAGAUAUUUCCCGGUAUAAAAAGUCAAAAGUUAACGUUCUAACUAGACAUUUUAUGAGGUAUGCAUAAAAAAUCUCGCGGAUUAUAAUGGCCACAAGUGGCUAUCUAAAGUAUACAUAAUUAUGUUUGUGUUGCUUAGUCUGCUAUGAAGACAGAAAAUGUCGCGGUUUUCUUUGGAAACUUCACCUUUUUACGAAAAAAGUUUGACAGAAAAUAGUUUCUAUAAGCCACGACUUUUUAUACAAAUUCGACAUAAAAUCUCGCGGAUUUAAAAGUUGCCCGCGACAUUUUAUAAACUUACGGUAAAAUUUCUCGUGGCUUUAAAAUGGACGCUACCGGCCAACAUAGGUCAAGUGACAUUAUGCUCACUUUUACUGUCAAGCUGAGAUAAUCUAAAUGUGUGUUUUAAAAGAUUGACUUUUAAAAUGGCAAAUGAAAUAAAUAAAUUGGUAAUCACAAAUGUUUUGUGUAAAAUAUAUAAUGUAUAAAAAAUAAACAUUGUCGAUAUUCGGGUCACUUUGGUUAUUGGUCACUUAGGUGACGUUUUAAAUAUUUUUACCUGAUAACUCGCCUAUACCGCGGCGUCUAGUGUUGAAUUUAUUUUAAGUUUACCAAUCAUUUCAAUUUUACUUAUCAAAUUUAUUUUGCUUCGACUAGACGUUUUAAUCUUUGUCGCAACAGACAAACAUUUCAGAAUUUCAGACAUGGCAUUUCUUUGUGAAUUUAUGCAUUGGGUUCUACUUUUUCACAAAAAUAUGCAACCAGCACAUACUAAGAACAUGGUGCUUCGGAUACUCAACUGUAACAGAGAACGAGUUUCAAUGCUGAUUGACUGUUCACAUCAUUUGGUGGCGUCUUUGAUGUGCAGCAUCAACAUUU